GCUAGCUUUCCCUUCUCCAGAUCGAUGAAGAGAGUCUUUUCUACGCAUCCAGCAUCAAACUCCAUCUUCACAACUUCAGCCGGGCUGACUUUCAAAGACUUCGCAUUCUCCGCCACAAAUCUUUUCGAGAUCUCUUCCCGCCACUUUCCAACCAAAACAACCUCAUUUCAAAAUGGCCUCCACUACCGCUACUGCCCCCAUCCCGAUGAAGAACAACGUCGCUUACACCAGCGACUCGGACUCCGACGGCCAGGCCCGCGGUGGUCGCAAGGGCGGUCAGCUCUCUAGCCUUCCUCAGCUACCGACCUCGGCCGGUCUCGCUCAGCCAGCUGGUCAACUCCUCCGUGGUGCUACCGACGAGAACGGAAACCACAAGUCCGCCGCCCUGCUGGUCGGCAUCAAGCUCGACCUCGAGGCCGAAGUCCACCUGACCGCCCGAGUCAGGGGUGACGUCUGCGUCGGUCUGUACUAAGGGAUGUCGCAACGAGAAAAUAUGGCGUCCGCCCCUCGUGGGAGAACAACGCGGGAGGGAUAGGAGGUAUCAGGAUCGAAGCUGGAGCUGGAGCAAAAAAAAGAUACCCAUUUUGCAUGGAUUGUUGAAAGCAUCACACUUGGAAGCAUUUGAGCCUCGACAUAUCAACAUUAAGCGCUCUGCGGGCUGGCUGGCCGCCGCUUAGCGAGGUAGACAUUCAAUACGAUUGGGAGAUCUUGAAACAUUGUUCCUUUUAGACCUGCUUAGUACGUGACCACUUGUCGAGAUUCGUUUCGUCAUUUCCUCAGAUGGCACAUCCUGUGAGUAUCAAUGGUAGUCAAUGCUGGUGGC